AGUAUUUGUCCACUGAGUAAACGGAGGACUUUCACUAGUGUCACAAGGACCGUGUUGGGAAUUAAAACACAGCCGUGGAAGUGUAAAGAGAUUUUCAGACAUGGUGCCAUCCAGCUCCUGAAGUUUUCAAAGGAUGCAUACAACACGCAGCCCUUCAUCCAUCCCGACAGGUGUCUCAGGAGAUGCCUUGGACCUCAGCUUGUCAGGCUCGCAGCUCUCUAUGUCCAAAAGACCCAGCAGUGCAUCGCCGGGGAAGUACUUCUCUCGCUCUGUGUCGGUUUCUGUGGCGAGUGACAGCAGAGGAAAACGCAACACCCUGGGUGAUGCCAGCUUUGGUAGCUCCCGCUCCAUUAAGAAUCUGAGGCGCUCCAACAGCACCACUCAGGUUAAUCAGCAGGCCAACAUCAGUUUAAGUCAGGACCAGAGUGAGGACUACCUGGCUCUGUUUGACAGCAGCUCAGAUGGACGCAAGAAACUGGCCAGCCUCAGCAAAGCCUCACCGGACAGAACCACAUGGAACAUCCUGGACGAUCAGCCCAGAGCGUUCCCCCCGCACUCCAGCUCCCGCAGCACCGGCAGCAUGGACUCUCCCACCAGCCUGAAGAAAAGGGAGCCUGGCAUCGCUCUGGCUGCCACCUUCACUGCCAACAACAGGAGCAACAAGGGAGCUGUGGGGAACUCUGUCACCACCAUCUUACACAACAACUAUUCUGAGAAACCACUCACGCCCAAGAGCUCCAACCAGAGGCCGUCCUUCAAUAACAUCCUGAAGGCCACAGCGAACGACGAGGUGUCACAAGACAACAGCUCCCUGACAAAGUCCCAGAAGAAUUUCUCCUCAUCUCCCUCCACCUCAAACAACAAAUCUCCAGUGUCGGCGCAACGCAGCAGCCCCGUCCUGCCCCGCAGGAGGGAAGUCACGGAGGAGGAGGCAGAGAGGUUUAUUCAGCAGGUGAACCAGGCAGCAGUCACCAUCCAGCGCUGGUACAGACGCCACGCCAAGAGACGACACACUAACCAGGCGGCGCUCAAACGCAUCCUCGCCAGUAAAAGAAAGGAGUGGGAGGAGAGAACAGAGGAGGACAGUCGCCUGGAGCAGCAGCAGCAGAAAAAGGAUGAAGACAGGAGACGGAUCCGUGAAGAGAAAGCUCGUCUGGCUCGCCUGGCUGCCAUCCAGGAGCUGCAGCAGAAGAGAGCCCAGCGGGUUGCAGAGGUGCAGCAUGCAGCUGAGGUGGAGCUGGAAAACCUGAGGCAGACGGGUGCAGCUGGACGCAAGAAGCCGCCCAAGAUUUCUCCCACCAACAAAAGUCCAGCGUCACCGAGCAACAACAGCCCGAUGUCACCCACAGACGUAAAGGCUAAGAACACAGACUCCAAUUUGAAUGUUGCGGCUGACUUAAGUGAGCUGAGCUUCAGAGCCAUUUCCCCGGCUUUGUCCAAUCACAGAGGCUCUCAGUGCUCACAGGAUCAGGACGACAGAGCAGAGGCAGACAUUUGUGUGGAGCAGCAGCAUCAGCAGAACGACAGGAAAUACAUUCGUAAAGAGAAAGCUCGUCUGGCCCGCCUCGCUGCCUCCCAGGUCAACACACCUGAGGAGCUGCAGCAGAAGAGAGCCCACUGGGUUGCAGAGGCUCAGCAUGUAGCCGAGGUGGAGCUGGAGAGCUUGAGGCAGACAGGUGUCGUUGGACGCAAGAAGCCGCCCAGGAUUUCUCUCACCAACAAAAGUCCAGCAUCACCGAGCAACAACAGCCCGAUGUCACCCACAGAUGUGAAAGCUAAGAACACAGACUCCAACCUGAACGCUGUGGCUGAGUUCGGUGAACUCUCCAGCUUCAGAGCUGUUUCUCCAGCUUUGUCCAAUUGCAGAGGGUCCCAGUGUUCACAGGAGAUCCUGCAGAGGUCUGUGAGCGUGGAGGACCAGCGGCAGGGAGCUCUGUCCAGCAGGGCUCAGUCUAAAACCACCCUGAACGAGCUGCUGGACACCCUGAAGCUGUUAGAGGAGGAGCCAGAGAGGCUGUCAGAGCCAAAGUGCUACAGCAAAGAGAAAUACGCCUGGAUAGACGAGGACGGAGACUCCAACUCUCUGACCACAGACAACCUGGAGCGUCACGGCCAGCUGAGUCACCAUCCUGCGCUGCCAGACGGGGGCGCCCUGCUCUCUGAGGCCAAGCUGCAGAGCAUCAUGAGCUUCCUGGAUGAGAUGGAGAAGUCUGAACAGGAGAGGCCGCGCUCGGUCACUUCAGGGUCGCACAGAGAGGCUGUGCUGUCAGAGGAGGAGCUGGCUGGCGUCGAGCAGGCGUCUGCCACCGCCGCCGAGGUCACCGGCUCCAUGAUGAGAAUCAAGCUGGAGCUGGAGGAGAAGAAACGCACAGUCAACAUGCUGCAGGCUGCACUGGCCCAGCAGAGGGAGCUCACAGUGAGACAUGUGAAGGAGACGGAGAAGGAGCUGAACAGAAACUUCCAGCUCCAGAAGGAACAAUAUGAAGCCACCAUCCAGAGACACCUCACAUUCAUUGAUCAGCUGAUAAAUGAUAAAAAGGCUCUGAGUGAGCGCUGUGAAGGAGUGGUGGGAGAGCUGAAGCAGGUGGACCAAAAGUACACCAAGAAGAUCGCACACAUGCAGGAGCAGCAUGAAAUGGUGUGGCAAAUUCUGGGUCCCUUGUGCGAGGAAAUCAAGAAGUUAAAAGAGCUAAUGAGCGCCACGGAGAAGAUCCGCCGGGAGAAAUGGAUUGACGAGAAAACCAAGAAGAUCAAAGAGAUCACAGUCAAAGGUCUGGAGCCAGAGAUCCAGAAGCUGAUUUCUAAACACAAACAGGAGCUGAAGAAGCUGCGGACGCUCCACGAGGCGGAGCUGCUGCAGGCAGACGAGCGGGUGGCCCAGCGCUACGUCCGCCAGUGUGAGGAGCUGCGGCAGCAGCUGGAGAGGGAGAAGGACGAGCAGUGUCAGAAGGAGAGGGAACUCGCCAAACAGAGGUAUGAGAAGCAGCUUCAGGAGGAGGAGCUGUCCCUGCAGCAGCAGAGGAGGCGUCUCUACAAGGAGGUUGCUGAUGAGAAAGAGCGUCUGGCUCAGCUGGCUGCAAGGCAGCGAGCUGAGCUGGAGGAUCUGCGGAGACAGCUGGAGGAGAACAGCUCCCUGGCUGGACGAGCCCUCAGAGAGGAGCUGGACAAGACGCGAGAGGAGCAGGAGAGGAGACACCAGGUGGAGAUGAAGUCAUUACAAGAGCGUCUGGAUAUUGAAAAGCAGACCUGGGAAGAAAACUACAAGAAAAAAGAGGAGGCGUGGCUUCUGAGCCGCGAACGCGAGCUCAAAGAAGAACUGCGACGAGAACGCGACAAAGAGAUCGAGCUCGCCAUCUGGACGCUGGAGGAGGAGACCAGCAAGGACAAAGAGGAGUGUGAGAGGGCAGCUGACAACAGGGUGAAGCGUGUGAGGGAAAAAUAUGAGACUGAGCUGAGGGAGCUGGAGCGCUCUGAGCGGGCGGCUGUGGAGAAACAACAAGAGCUGAGGAAGCAGCAGAUGGAGACGGAGGGAGAGCUGAUCAGACUGCAGGCGGCGCUCCAGCAGAAAGAACAGGAGACUGAAGACAUCACACAGACCCGGGACAAGCUGGUGGACGAGCGCCGCAGCCUGGCGGAGGUGAUACGUCAGGAGUUUGCAGACCGGCUGGUGGUGACGGAGGAGGAGAACCGCAGGAUGAAAGUGGAGGUGUCAGAAGUGCGAGCGAGGCUACGGCUGGAGGUGGACAGGGUCACCAGGGAGAAGGAAGAGGAACUGGCUGAAGUCCACCAACGAGUGAAGUCGGCCAUCUUGAAGAAGGAAGAAACUGUCAAUAAUCUCCGGAAGCAGCAUGAGGCUGCUCUGAAGAGGGCGGAUCACCUGGAGGCCCUGUGGGAACAGCAGAGGAAGCAGCUGCUGGAGAAGUGACUGACUGACAGGAAGGCCCCCCCCUCACCACCACCACACCCCCCUCCGCUCUGAGCUCUCUCCAUUGUGUCGCUCAACCCCCGACCUGAUUUUUUUUUCUUACCUUUGGAUGUUGUUGUUCCUGCCAGCAAGACAGAACCUGUGGAACGUCUGAAGGUUGAACAAGUGACUGAACCUUGUCCUACCUCAUUUGAAAAACACAAAAUGGGGAAAUGCACUGGGCCUCACUGUACAGCCCCCCGACCCACCCCACUACUCCCCCACGCAUGAAGGAGCGAGCUGUGUUGGAACUUCCCUAAUUUAAAUGCCACAGACCAGGUGGCACCACAUGAAAAGACUACAGAUGGACUUCCCUUUCUUCUUCUACUCUUUCCAGAGAAGGAUUGCAUUAGUUUUUUGUGACUGUCCCCCCCUCCUCCUCCUCUCCCCCCCUCCCUCUGGAGCAGGAACGCCUCCAUGUUCCCCACAGAGUUGCCACGGAGAACAGUUCCAGAUGUUUCUGAAACCAGCCCGGGCCUGCGCUGGUGUACAGUGGGAGAAGGUGGGGGGUUUGCUCUUUGUGAGGGACCACUUAGAGCCAAGAGCUCUGAUCAGUCAGCAUCAGCGCUUCAGUGUUAGCUUGUGUUUGUUCCACGUCGAGCUCUCGGUGCCCCCUUUUAUCUGCUGAGUCAUGUGUUUUGUCCCCUGAAGGCGAGUGCUAAUUACACGAUCUGUAACCUCUGCCCUGCUGCAGCCCUGUGACUCGCUCUGAACAGUUUGUUGUGUGUGUCUUAAACCAAAGUUUGGAUCUAACAAAGAAGAAGAGGUGAUGUACUAACACUGGUUACAGACUAAAGUUAGAGAGCAUGUAGAAUGUGGCUAGAAAGAGCGAUAGGAUGAGACUGAAAGGAAAAGGAGUGAAGAAAAAUGGGACGUCUGACGGCAUGUUUGAGGUCAAAGACAGAUGAUUGUAGAGCAGCUUUGAAAGUUUCUGAAUGUGAGGAAGAAAGAAGAAGAAGAGGGAGGGUCGGGGGGGGGUUGGAGGGAAGAAGGAAUGUGCGUAGAAAAUGUUUAUAGGAUUAGGAAAGCAGAGCUGGGACAGAGCAGUGGUAGGAGGGUUUGAGGGGGCACAAGGCAUGUGACCAGAGGUAUGUUAAAAGCCAUAUAGGUUUCGCUCAGGCCGACUGUGACAAAACGCAUCAAACUCAACAGGCAGAAGGGGCCUGGAGUCACACACACGUGUUAACUAUCUGUGUUUGGAUGCUGCAGCGCUGUGUUGUAAUUCUCUCAGGAGCCACCACCUCUCAGCACUUCCACAUGUGAACUUCAUUGAUUUUGUUUUGCUUCUUUUUUAAUUUCAUGGUUCUUUAUGGAAACAAACAAGAGACAGUGUUCGAAAUUUAACAGCCUCUGAAUAUUUAAUAUAGAAAUUUAGAAACACUGAAUUCAUGCACUGAAAUACUUUGAAAACCAUAUAUCUGAAUUCAUUUGUUCUAAAAUCAUUUAUUCAUUCUUGUUAAAAUAAAAAAGUUUAUUGAUUUGCAAUUUCAGUCCUAAGUUGAAAAUUUUCAGAGUAAAAAAUCUGUCAAUUUUUAUUGGUUGAUUCUAUUUAAAAGUUUAAGUAGAAAAAAUUCAAAUAGCUAUAAAAUUUAAGAGUUUUUCAAUAUUAUUUGAACAUUUUUUGACUUUAUUUGAAAUUUUUAAAAGUGAAUUCUUGAAGAAUUCUUUAAAACAUUUCAUAAAGUAACAUCCAGGCUAGACGUUGCGCUUUAAAAAAAUUCUUCAACUUAAAUUUUUCCAAACAGCAGAUUAAAGUCAAAAAAUCUUUAAAAAAAAAAAAAAAUGUAUCAUUCAACCAAAGAUUUUUUCAAAAACUGUUGAAAAAUUUUAGUUGCCAGUUUUCGGGCUCAGUGUUCCUAUAUGAAAUUAUUCGACUUAAAUGUUUGGAUCUGAACUCAACCAGUAGAAACCUGUUUCUAUUUCUAUUUCUUUCUUUUUUUUUCUAAUUUUGAAAUUUUUUUAUCUGAAUUGUCUGUUAGAAUUCAAAUACUUAAGUCUCUUAUUUGCUUCCAUAACCCUUAUAAUGAUUGAAGAUAUGUCGAAGCCCCUCACACAGACACAAAAAAGUCUUUGUGGGUAAGAUUUCAGUAAGAACGGUCCGUAGCAUUAGUUAGCGAGGGGUCGGGGGGGCUGUAACCAGAGUUAGUGCUGCAGAGAGAAACUCUAAACCUGGAAGUAAAGCCUGUUAUUUAGGUGCAACGUGAUGUGAAAGACCACAUUCUGAUUGUAAAGGCCCCACAGCCUCCAAAUUCCACCUCACAACAGAAACUAUUUAUUCUGUUUCUUUUUUCUUUAUUUAUUUUCCAAUUUAGCACUCUUAACGACCUGAGUAGUGUCACUGGUCCACAGAAAGGUCAAGGAUUUGAAGUAAUGUUUUUUAAAAGCUAGUCAACACAUGAAGUGUUUUUACAGUUACUUAGCAGAACGUCUAACUGCCACAGUAAAACUUUAUAACUAUGCCAUUUGUAGAUGGUUUAAAUACAGUAUGUCAGGUUUUUCUGACAUGGAAGUCGUCCGAGCCAAAAUGUAAAAGGUUCAUAUGAAGUGUAAAGUAGUGGAAGGGAAAGGGUUAACGUAGUUCAGCUUUACUGAUAAUACAGUUUCUGACCUCAGAGGCAUUAAAUCAGAGUGAUGUCACAUCAGCCACCGUGUUAGCCAAUAAACCAAAUACUGAAAUCUACAGAAGGAAUCACUGUGACGUCACGUAAACAACAAUCACUUCCGGGUAGAAAACUGAUAAGUGUUUUGAAUUAUGAUGUUUAACUUGUGUAUUUCUGUUGUAAUUUUCUAAUGUUACUGUAACAUUUAAAGAUAUAUAGUUAAACACUGGUGGUUCGACCUAUCUGAUGUUUCUGCUUAUUAGUGACACAUUACUUCAUUUUCAGCAUUUCCAGCGGCAUUUGUGCCACCAAAACUUUUUUAGUGGCACAUUGCUGCAUUUCCAGCGGCAUUUCACGUUUCCAGCAACCAUUGUGCCGUCAAAAUGAGGUCGCUGCAUUUCAAGCAGCGUUUUGCUGUUUCCAGCAGUUUAUGCACCAUCAAAAAACUGUUUGUUUUAAUGAACCAUUGCUGGAUUUCCUGUGAGUUUUGUGCCACCAAAACUUUUUAUUUUUUAUUUUUUUGAGGCACAUUGUGUUUCCAGCAAACGUGAUGUUUUUAGCAGCGUUUGUGCCACCUAAACAGGGUGUCUUUCAGCAACACAACACUGCAUUUCCAGCGGCGUUUUGCAACUUUUCUAGCAGCUUUUGUGCCAUCAAAACAGUUUGUUUUAGCGACACAUUGCUGGAUUUCCAGUGGCUUUUUAGUGGCACAUGGCUGCUUUUCCAGCAGUGUUUGUGCCACGAAAACAGGGUGUGUUUUAGCUAGACGUCGCUGCAUUUCCAGCAGUGUUUUGCGACAUUUCCAGCAGCUUUUUUUGCCACUAGAACGGGGUGUCUUUUAGCAACACCGCUCUGGGUUUCCAGCAGCUUUUGUGCCAUCAAAACAGGGUUUGUUUUAGCAACACAUUGCUGGAAUUUCAGUGACUUUUGUGCCACUAAAAUGAUGUGUGUUUUAGCGACACAUUGCUAGAAUUCCAGUGACUUUUGUGUCACCAAAACGGGGGUGUUUUUUAAUGGCGCAUUGCUGCAUUUCUAGCUCUGUAGUCUGUUGCCCAGCAGGAAAAUUAGAAAAAACAGCUCCAGCAAACACCACCAGACUUAUUUUCUCAUGAUAUCUCAGCUGUUUCUCGCCCCCGUUUGCUCAGCACCAUUUAUGUUCGUGACAAAAGAGUUUUCUACCCGGAAGUUAUUGUAAACAAACACUUUGAUUCAGUCUUUAGAACAGAAAUAAAAUAAAUCCCAGAUUAGAGUCUUUCAGUGAGACAGAGGUGGUUGAUAUGUGUCACACAUCGCUGUGAGUUUCUCGGUCACUAACUGAGAAUCACUGUGAGUCAUGAGGACUUUGGCGCAGAGGCCCACAGACCUCGAAGCACCAGUUUGCUCGCAGCCUCUCGCCGUUCUGCUGGUGUUGGCACAGCAGACGGGGCUGUUGGCCUCCGACUGGAGAGGGUGGCGAUGUGAGUUGGCAUUCCUCGCUCAUGCCCGUCCUACAAGUGCCAAUGAGCCUUGCCUUUGUGUGUGUGUGUGUGUGUGUGUGUGUGUGUGUGUGUGUGUGUGUGUGUGCGCGUGUGUGCUACCAUUCCUCCCAUGCUGACCUGAGAUGACCCUCGUGGUGUCAGAUACACACUCACACACACAAGCGCCCCUGUUUGUUUUUCAUUUGUAACGUUGUACACGAACCAUUCCAGCUGUCACUGUUUUGAUUUUGUUCCAUCUCUCCAUGUUUAACCCUUUGUCGCCCGAACACGUAGCUCUUGAACACACUGUUUUCUUAUCUUAGUUUAGUUUUUACUGUUAAUCGCGACGAUGGUUCGAAAAACUGUGAAGAAGACGGUGACUGAUCUGUCAGCAAAAAGAGAAUAAAAGACUGUUGGGAAGACGCA